AUGACUUUAGUUCAAAGUUUAGGACUUAUAGAAGAAGCUGAAAAAUGCAUAGAACAAGUACAAGGACCCUUGGGAGUUGCAGUAAAAGAAAAAAUGCACAGCGUAUUACAUAAAAAUCCUGGUUUAGACUGCCUAAAAUUAAUUAGAGAUACACAUUGCGAAAUUAAUGGGGUAAUAUUUCCGGCUGAACUCACUGCUUUGGACAUUGCAAAUAUGAAAUUUGCACCCAUUACCUCAGUGGAAGUCGAAUGCUCCUUCAGUCGGUACAAAUCUGUGUUACGACCAAAUCGUAGAUCAUUUAACUUUGAAAAUUUGAGCAUGUAUAUGGUAUCUCAUUGCUUUCAAGACCAAGAUAGUCAAAAUGAAUAA